GUUUUCCGCAAGGCCUCUUCCCCACCGUCCGCCAUUUCCAUCUUCCAUCUAAAACCCUAAUUCGGCCCCGCCUCGCCGCCAUGGCCGGACUGAGCCGCCACCUCGCGGCCGCCGCGCGGAGGCUGCCGGAGCGGCUGCGCGUCCCCGCCGGCCGGGCCUACGGAUCUUCGGCCGGCGCGGCCCUCUGCGACUACUACUCGGAGGAGGAGGAGGAGCUCGGCGGGCCGCGCGAGGCCGCGGGGCCGCCGCCGAGGGCCGGGUCGCAGAAGCUCGUGCCGGAGAGAGGGGUGCAGUGGGUGGUGAUGGGGGACCGGGGCGCGAAGAAGCACGUGUACGCCGAGAUGCUCGCGAAGCUUCUGGAAGUCCCUCACAUUUCCAUGGGCUCGCUCGUGCGUCAGGAGCUCAACCCUCGCUCUUCGCUGUACAAGCAGAUUGCGAGUGCUCUGAAUGAGAGGAAGCUUGUACCAGAGGAAGUGAUUUUCGCACUGUUGUCCAGGAGGUUAGAGGAAGGAUAUUACAGAGGAGAAACAGGGUUCAUUCUCGAGGGUAUCCCCAGAACAAGGGUCCAAGCUGAGAUCCUCAACCAAUUUGCCGACAUUGAUCUAGUUUUGAACUUCAAGUCCACAGAGCAAGACCCUCUAGCAAAGAAUUUAGGGACUGGAGCAUUUCCUCCAUCCCUGGACUCUACCAAUUUGCACUUACCCGGUUCCAAACCUGGUUUAAGGUCAUCAGGAGAGCAACUGGUUUCUGCUGAUGUUAACAGUGCCUGGAAGGAAAACUUGACCGUGUAUGCAGAACAGACUAAGCUGCUGGAAGAGUAUUAUCAGAAACAAAAGAAACUUCUCAACUUCCAAGUUGCAAGUGCGCCUGGAGAAACCUGGCGUGGGCUGUUGGUGGCACUACAGCUUCAGCAUGUGAAUGCUGUCGACUCUUCCCAAAAGCUGACUGCAUGAGUCUAUUCAUAGGUGAUUCGUGGAAGCAUUUCCCCAAUCACAACCCGGCAUAUCGUAAAUAUAUACGAGUCUAGAGCGAGUUGAGUUCUGGCAAGUAUUCCAAUUUUGUAUUAGUUUUGGAGGCAUCAAUCCAAGUUGAGAUGCAGUGUGUUGUGUUUUUCCAUGUGAGAAGAGAUCGAAGAACAGAAAGUACUGGCAUGUAUGACCAUUAUAUGAGAGCAUGUUCAUAUAUCUCGUGAUUGAAAUAGUUUGUUCUUAUUGUGUCU